UUUAACGGUUGCGCAGAUAAGCGUUGAGAUGUCGUACACUAGGCUACCACAGAGGGAAGAGGGGGGAAAAGUAAUGGUCUGUUAAAAGGGAUGUGUUGACUAGAGGGAGAAUAGGGGAAGAGAGAAAACAGACUGUUUUAAGGGCUGUUGUGCUGUCUGUUUACUCUCUUUCAAUUGGAUUUAGGAGUGAUGAAGAGGUCUUUGGGAUGCGGGGGAUAGGAAGGGAUGCUCUGCAGCGGUUGUUCAGUCACUGAAUCGUAAAAGAGGACGCAACAUUGAGCCUGAAUGGUUAAGACUGUAUAUUAUCUGAAGAACAACGCAUCACACUACUGCUGUAAGCUGAACGUUGCGGGAUUUUGCUCACUGCUUCAAAAGGAAUUCAUUGCAGUUGUUCAACGUGGAUCCACUGCACCAUUCAGGUAUUUAAGUGUGCAUACUAGAGUUUCAUGAAGAAUGGCCAGAUUAUCAUAAUGCUGGAAUGAACUCCCUAUCCUGGACUUUUGCAGAUAUGGGAUAUGGACCACAUUGCAGCGCCAAAAUGAGAAGUCUUUGGGUCGGUGUUUUGUUCAUGACUUUCACCUGCCAUCUGAGCCUUUCCCAGUCUACUACAGGGAUUCCUAAAGAGUCAGAGCUCAAUGAUAACAUCACAGUAUUCACACGAAUCCUGGAUGGAUUGCUGGAUGGCUACGAUAACAGACUGCGACCUGGGCUUGGAGAGAAAGUGACAGAAAUUAAGACCAACAUCUUUGUGACCAGCUUUGGACCAGUGUCAGACACUGAGAUGGAAUACACCAUUGAUGUGUUUUUCCGUCAAAGCUGGAAGGAUGAGCGUUUGUGUUUCAAGGGGCCAAUGGAGAUGCUGCCUCUGAAUAACUUGCUGGCCAGCAACAUCUGGACACCAGACACCUUUUUCCUUAACGGCAAAAAAUCCAUUGCUCACAACAUGACAACGCCCAACAAGCUUCUGAGACUGAAAGAUGAUGGGACAUUGCUGUACACCAUGAGAUGUGUUAAGCACACAUGAACUCGGCUCCCGCUGAACUCAGCAUCUCAUGUUCCACAUCGUUCAAUCUCUGUGGGAAUGUUCAGCUUGCCCCUGCUAAAGCUAAGAUUUCUCUCUAUACAGUACUUUUUUUCUCAGUGUUGUCUUUUCACAAGAGGUCACUAGGUUUAUCUUUCUUGUUGUUUUCUUUUCAUUAGUGGUGAUACAGGGUGUC